AUGAAGAUUAUCCUGCGGAGCCUUAUGGGAAAGGAACAGGUGCAGGAAGUAACACCUGAUACGAAUGUGGAGGCCCUUAAAAGGCUUCUGGAGGGUGAGUACAAUAUGAAUAGUUUGCAUUUGUGCCACAAGGGUGCUGUUGUUGGCAAUGCACAGACAAUGGCAGAGCUGGGCGUGGAGGAGAAUGCGGUUUUUAUCAUCGCGGGGAGCAAGCAGAGUAAGAGGAAUCCCCCACCUAAGCCAACGGCAUCCGUUCCACCGCCAGACACAAAAACACCUCCAUUGGCUGAGACGACUUCAGUUGAAGAAGGAGCGAAAGAAGCCGCAGAAACGGAACCCGCGACGGCUGGAGCGGAAGCGACCCCCGUUGAAGGAAGCGUGCCACCUCCCGUGCUGGAGCCAUCUUCUUCGACAGCAGCGACGGCAGCAUCUCAGCAGGGCUCGGCUUCACAUGGUGUUGAUCCUGCCCUCAUUGACAGCAUCGUCGCCAUGGGGUUUGACGAUCGCGAACAGGUGGCGUUGGCAUUACGAGCUGCGUACAUGAACCCUGAUCGUGCUGUUGAGUUCCUUUGCACGGGGAUACCGCCCAGUGCGUUGCAGCGGUGGAAUGAACCUGUUAUUACACCGUCCGAGGGCCUCGGACAGACGUCGGUGCCGACGGAUCGGCUAAUGGCGCACAUGCGGCAAGGCACUAGUGACUCACCUCUUUACAACGCCUUGAUGGCAAUUCCACAGUUUGGCGAGAUACGCGCGAUAGUUCAGGCCAAUCCGGAGUCGCUUCCCACCGUCAUACAACAGCUCCAUAUUCACCACCCGCAGGUUAUUGAGUUGAUUCAGCAGGAUCCAGACGAGUUUCUGCGGAUUAUGGGAACGCCUGGCCAGGCAGAGCUCACAACUGGCGGCAGCGGCGAUGUUGGUGGUGGUGCCCCCGCGGACCCCGUCUUGAUUCCACUGAGAGAAGGGGAACGUGUCGUGAUCGAACGCCUCGUUGAAUUGGGCGGAGGCGCAUGGACAGAGCAGGACGCGCUUGAGGCUUACCGUGCCUGCGAAGAGAGCGAGGAGGCCGCGGCUCAGCUUCUUUUCAGUAACUUUUUUGAAUAG